AUGGACGAAGAUUCACUAUAUGGAGAAAGUUAUGCCGCUAGCGGUUACACUUCUGUUUACGAAGAAAGUCCAGAAUCAUAUACACCUCCAAGAAGUGACAAAUUCUAUAGACAAACUUCUGAAUAUCAUAUCCAGCAAGCUGAAGAUGCCGUAAGAGCUUUGAAAUAUGUUGUGAAUGGACCAGGAUGGAAGAAAGUUUUAACGAAUAAAAGGGGUACUAUGGUUUAUAAUAAGCGGGGAAGUAUGUUAGACGAAAAAACUACAGUGUAUAUGGGUGAACACGAAAUAGUCGGAGGCCAUCUUGUCGACAAUUUGAACGAUACAACAAGCACAACUUACAUGGUCAUGCAUGCGUUAGCCGGAACAAAAUCAAGAGACUUGUCAUUAGUGGAAAAGAUAGAAUGUGCCUCAACAGGUGAAAUUUACUUUGCCGCAACUUCAGUUGACAAUCCAAAGGUUCCAAACAUUGCUGGAAGAAUCCGUGCAGAAAUUAUACUAAAUGGCUGGAUUCUCGAAUCUCUUUCUAUUUCUCCGCCCAGAACGAGAGUUACUUACGUUCUUCAAGUAAAUGUUAAUAGUUGGUUUCCAAACUUUAUUGUCUCAACAUAUAUGUCUAGAAGGCCUCUUGUUCUUUGUGCUGUUGAAGAUUAUUUGAUAAAGAAUGAUCCGCCAAUAAUGCCAAUAAAUAAUACAUCGCAAACUUCUCCGAAACUUUCUCCAAAAAUUUCUCCAAAAACUUCUAAUGGUAUACAUGAUAAUGAAAUUGUAGAGAGAAAAACCCCAAAGCGUAAAAUAUCUUUUAAGGAAAGUGAACCAAUUCCUGAAGAUAUCAAUUUUACCACUUUUGACAGUGAUACUAUAUAUGAAGAAUCUAUUCAGCUAUCUGAAAACCAUACUUAUAUCGACGAUAAUUUACUACCAUUAAUUCCAUCCGAUAUCUCGUCUCAAGUGAAGUCACCUAAGCUAGCACAAAGAUCCAUACCUGUACCUCCAAGUUCGCCUCAAGCAAUUUCACCAAAAAGCAUGUCAAUUACUUCUUCGGAUAUAAAACAAUCAUUAAGACAGGAUCGUCAUCAUAAUUCUGCAAUAAAUGCACUAUUUAAACUAAAAACAUUAGCAAGUGAUUUAAAUGGUUGGGAAUUUCAUACGGAAGAGCGAGGGGAUGUUCGAUUUGAUGAAGGUAUAAACAUUGAACGUUUGGGACCAAAUGAAUUUUUAACAAAACUCGCGAUGAAGAGUAACUUCCCGAUCAGUCGACGAGACUUGUCAACGGUUAGUAUUAUUGAACGUGAUCCAGAAACUGGUACAAUUUGGCAUGCCAGCACUUCGAUCGUCGAUCCAUUGAUUCCUGAAAAUAGGAGACAUGUCCGGGCGAAUUUAGAUAUCUCCGGAUGGCAGCUACGUCCUAGGGUUGACGAAGAAGAUUUGUCAACAUACUUGGAAAUUACCUACAUUGUUGACAUUGAUAUCAAACUUGAAUCAAUCCCCCCGUCGAUCAUCAAAAACAUUUUAUUGCAACCACCAUUAUGCGUCGCAAAUAUUAUAGAAAUAUUGAAAACAAUGGGUCAUCCACCAUAUGUAAAGAAUACUACUGAUUCUAUUAUAAGUGAAGAAAUUGAUAUCAAAACUUUUCAAUAUGAUUUAGCCAUGGAAAUUAUUGGCAAUGGAGUAACUGACAUCAAAACUUCAAAGACAAUGUAUCCUAAUGGGUUUGAUGUAUCAGUUGCACCAGAAGGCUUAAAAAUCGAAUUAUUGGCACCAAGGUAUACUGACAUAAGGGUCACUGUGCCUGAUGAAUUGCGUUUCGAAAUAGUAAAUAUUAGGAUUACAACAAAUCCGAUAAGAGAUUGUUCAAUAGAUUCCCCAGCACCAUCGUCAACAGAUGGAUCAGAAGAUAAUGAAAUGUUGGUAUCGGAUUCAGCAGAUUCUACACUUGUUACUAAAGAUUCUGACAUCUACGAAAGAGAAAACUUUCAACUUAAACACUUGAAAGCUGUGGUUACUGAUCCAAAAGUUACUAUCACAGACCAAAUAUCUCAACCAUCAGAAGAAAGUCCUGAGCUAGAAACUCAAAAACUGAUUGAACAAAAUAUUUUUGUGAAUAAGAACAAAGAAAAACAAGAAUGCCCAUCAGAAGAAACGUCACCACCGCUACCAAUACUACCACCGAAGACAACAACGAUAAAAUCACCACAAAUGCUACCGACAGCAACAAUAAAACCACCACAAAUGCUACCGCCGACAACAACAAUAAAACCACCACCAAUGCUACCAAAGACAACAACAAUAAAACCACCACCAAUGCUACCAAAGACAACAACGAUAAAACCACCACAAAUGCUACCGACAACAACGAUAAAACCACCACAAAUGCUACCACCGACAACAACGAUAAAACCACCACAAAUGCUACCACCGACAACAACAAUAAAACCACCACAAAUGCUACCGCCGACAACAACAAAACCACCACAAAUGCUACCAAAAACGACAACAACAAAACCACCGCAAAUGCUACCAAAGACAACAACAAUAAAACCACCACAAAUACUACCAAUGACAACAACAAUAAAACCACCACAAAUGCUACCAAAGAUAACAACAACAAAACCACCACAAAUGCUACCGCCGACAACAACAAUAAAACCAUCACAAAUGCUACCAAUAACAAUAUCCCCUCCAACAUCACCAACAACAACAAUAAAACCAUCACAAAUGCUACCAAUAACAAUAUCCCCUCCAACAUCACCAACAACAAUAAAACCACUACAACCAAAAACAACAACAAAAUCACCAACAGUAAUAAAACAACCAAUAUUACCACCAACAACAAUAGCACCACCACCACCCAUACACCACCAACAACAACAACCACAUCAACUAUAA